AUGCUUUCCCUAUCAAGCAUUGGUUUUGCGCGAUGGUCAACGACACCGCUGAUAGUGGCAAGCGCCCGGCUUUUGCAUACGGCCACACUGGAUCUUGCUGCACGUAAGGGCACACGUGAGAAGGCACGCAAAGCAAAGGUAAAGAAGGUUGUGGAAAAAGUCGGAUUCAUUCGGCACGAUUUGCGGAAAAAGGGAAAGCUCAAUCUCAACGUAGUGAACAAACACAUCGACGACAGCUGGAAGCAGGACCCUAAGGAUGAUUGCUGGGUGAGCAAGUACUGUAAAUGGCGCGUCUACACCGUCGAAGAGGCCAUUCAGUGUCACCGGGAAACACAUCACCCGACCGUGUACAAUCUUCCAAAUGCUCCAUUGUACGCGCACGUGGAGUUAAACAUGCAAGCCGAAAAAGUAACUCGAUUCGUGGAUAACUUCCAACGUAUGGUUUCAAUAGAACACCCGUUCGUGCACGGCGAAAAUCGAAAUAUUAUCGUGUUCGCUAAAGGACAGGAUGCGCUAAAGGAAGCCAAAGAUGCGGGUGCGACACUCGUGGGCGGGUUGGAGCUGAUAAAGGAAAUCCAGAACGGUGAUCUACAGCUAGCGGAGUAUCCGUUCGUGCUGGCACAUCCCAACAUUCUGCCCGAGCUGGUGGUAAUACGGGGUUUGCUAAAGAAAAACAAAUUCCCCAACCCUCGGUCCGGUACGCUGGGUGUAAAUCUGGCGGAAAUGAUCGAGAAAUACGCACACGGCAUCAACUACAAUGCUGCAAAGGAUGAGCAGCAGAAAGAUUUCGGUUCAAUCGUUGCCUGCAUCGGCACGCUACAAAUGGAUACGAAACACCUGGAAAGCAAUCUUACCGCACUGCUACAGGAUGUGAACUCGAUGCGGCCGAAACGCGAAGGCAUGUUCGUGACGCGCGUGCUGCUGAAAAGUCCACCAUCUGGGGAGAACCUUAAGAUUAACCCGUUCCUGUACAUCCCGGAGCAGGGUGGGUUUAGCAAAAAGUCAGCAAAGAGCACCGACACGACCGCCGACGAGGAGGACGAUGCGGAGCAAGAGGAAGAGUUAAGGAGUGCGGCGAAGAGUGGGGCAGCGUGA